AUGGCCCAACCCGGCCAACCUAGCCCCCAACAACUGGCUGCCAUGCAACAGCAGUUCGCCGCCGAAGCCGCCAAACGAGGGAUGACACCUGAACAAUUCGGACAAAAACAGCGCGAACAAUUGACGGCCGACGCAGCUAAGCUAGGCUUGACACCAGAACAAUACGUCGCGCAGUUGCGGAUGCGAGCAAUGCAAGCGCAUCAGAAGCAGAUGGAGGCCCAACGACAAGGUCAGGGAUCACCACAGCCGGGUCAAGCUCAACCAGGACAGCCAGGACAGCCAGGACAGCCAGGACAGCCAGGACAACCACAACAACCGGGUCAAUCACCGAAUCCCCAGCAACGACCUCCACAGCAACAGAUGCACCAGGUACCCGUCAACGCAGGCCAGCCUGCGGAUCCCAAGGCGCUGGCCGUGGCGAAGUUCCUACGCUCGCAAUCCCUCAAGCCUCGAACCUGUAUUCUCGACGGCCAGCGAAAGGACAUGUUCAAGGUCAAGCGAGCAAUUCGCGCAAUCGAGUCCCCCGCCUACGCCAAAGCCGCCGCAAAGAAGAACUCCCUCCUCCCACCCGUGACAGACCGUGCCUCCGCCGAAAACGUAUUCAAGCUUCUCCCGCUCUCCCUCCUCGCUCUACGAGUAAGCAAGGUUGAUCCGCACGAGGGCCACAACCACGCCAAGCCCAAGAACAGGACGAAAGGCCUGUGGACCGUGAAGAUCGAGCAGCACCAGGAGACAGACCCGAUGAUGCACUACGUGUGGCUGUGGGAGGGACCGCAGUGGAAGCAGAAGGCCAUGGCAGCGGCGGUGGUGGCGGGUAUUUUUGCCGUUGUGCUGUUCCCAUUGUGGCCUAUGAUGCUGCGCCAGGGUGUUUGGUACCUCAGUGUUGGAUGUAUGGGGUUGCUGGGACUAUUCUUUGCGAUGGCGAUCUUCCGGUUGAUUCUGUUCUGUGUGACUGUUUUCACUGUGGCGCCAGGAUUGUGGCUGUUCCCGAAUUUGUUCGAGGAUGUUGGGUUCUUUGAUAGUUUCAAGCCUUUGUGGGGCUGGCAGGAGAACAAGAAGAAAAAGAGCAAGAAGGUCAAGUCGGAACCUGCUGCGCCUGCAGAAACUUCUGCCACUACUACCUCUGCCCAGACUACAUCUACUUCUUCGGCUGUGAAGCGGGAUCUGACGCCGCGGGUGGAGGAAGUGGAGGAAUAG